GACGUCAUUCUCAUCAGCAAAAAAAACAAAACAAAAAAACAGGCAAACAAUGCUGCCAGCCAGUGGGUGAAGAUCUAUACUCUGCAAAGGUCAUUUCUCAUUCUUUUUCUUUCCUUAUUUUCUGUGUAGAAAUUAUAAUACACAGACUCCCGGUCCUAUGGAUGGAUGAAUAUGAUUUUCUUCCAGUGGAACACAUGCAUGCUCCAGUGCAAACCUUAGUUUUUUCACUUAAAACAGCGUUUCCAUUAUUUAUUUAUUUGAUGGAAAGAGAUGAGAUGUCUUUAAAUGAGCUUGAUGAGCUUUCUCUCGCCCUCAGAUGGUCCAUGCAAAGAAGCCUGAUUGAAGCGGAGGAGAAAGGCGAAUCGGAAAAGCCAUCGACAUCAUCUUCAUGCUUCAGACAUGAGGAGGUGGGGGGGUGUUAGUGCGCAGCUGGAGAGAGGGCCAGAUCAGCCCCCCGAGCUGCUUAAAUCCUCUUUACGCAGGCGCACACCCAGCUGUGACGGAGACGUGAGGAAUGUUUGAUGGUGACGGACGGGAAGGUGUGUCGCUUUUGGCUGUUGCUGUCGCCACAGCGUUGGUCGCCUCCCCCCUCCUUUCAGUUAGAGAGAGAGAGAGAAAGAAACAGGCAGGGGGCGGGGGACGGAGAGAGAGAGAAAGAGAAGUUUCCUGUCCUCUUGGUGCUACACUGUCGCCGGUCGUUCACUUCACACGAUGGCACGCCUGCGUCUGUGUGCGAAGCCGCUGCUUAGGGAUCCCCGUUACCUCCUAUGAGAAGCGACCAGAAAACAAAAAGGAAGAAGGGAAACAAAAGAAAGUGUCUCCAUGUCUGAAUUCGGGUCACAUAAGAAGAACGACGUGGGCCCACCGGUUGCUGCGGGCUGGAGAGCGGCGUGCGGCGGGGCCAGCGCCGGAAUGAGCGUGGAGGCGCACGGGGGAGGAGAGCCCGUGUCAAACGGAAGCUGCAGCGCGUCGGACGCCGUCAAACGGGUCCAGAGCGAAUCCGGCUGCGAGUCUCCGACGUGGGAGAACCCGGGCUCGGAGUCGGCUCUCAAAUCGGCGAUCCCUCGACGCAGCAGUCUGAUCAAGGACGGCUCACGUGCCGGUCGGGAGAAAAAGAAGACGGUGUCCUUCAGCAGCAGCCUGGCAGAGAAGAAGAUCAGCAGCGCUGCCGGGUGUAUCCACUCCAUGGUUGAAGGCAGCGAGCUGAAAAAAAUCCGCCCCAACUCUCGCGUCUAUCAGCGUUACUACCUUCUGGACGCAGGCCUGCAGGCUCUGUUCUGGGAGCCGUCCAAGAAGGAAUCGGACAAAGCUCGGAUCUUUCUCGACUCGAUACGCGAGGUCCGGACAGGUCGUAACACGGAAACUUUCCGCACCAGUGGAGUUUAUGAGCAGAUUUCAGAGGACUGUGCAUUUUCCAUCAUCUACGGAGAGAUGUACGAGAGCUUGGACCUGGUGGCCAACUCUGCUGAAGUGGCUAACAUUUGGGUGACUGGACUAAGGUAUCUCAUGCAGUACGGCAGACACGCCCUCGACGUACUAGCCAACAGUCAGGACAGCCUUCGCCUUCGCUGGCUGGAGCAGUUGUUUUCCUCUGCCGCAGAUCAAAAUAAACAGGAAGUCAUAGAGGAGGAGAUUCCCUUGCAGUCAGCUGUUAAGUUGGUACAAAGCGUGAAUCCUGGAGUGGGCAGCGGUAAAGUGGAGCACAGGUUUAAGGAGAUUCGGAGACUCCGGGAGAAGACGUGUGCACUUACGUCGUGCAAUGAAUCGGGCUUUAGCGAAAACGAAAAGUCAUCAGCGAGAAAGGAGCAAGUGACCAAGCAGGAGUUUAUUGAGGUCUUCCAUGACUUUUGCACCCGUCCAGAGAUCUACUUCCUGUUGGUGCAGUUCUCCAGCAACAAAGAAUACCUGGACGCAAAAGACCUGAUGAGGUUCAUUGAAGCUGAGCAGGGAGUGGCACAAGUGAGUGAGGAAAUGAGUCUGCAACUCAUCCAGGCCCACGAGCCAUCAGAAGAGGGUCGGCAGCAGGGACACCUGUCAUUGGACGGCUUCACCAGCUACCUCACUUCGUCAGAGUGCCACCUGUUCGAUCGGGAGCAUGACACCAUUUGCCAAGACAUGUCCCAACCUUUGUCUCAUUACUACAUCAACUCCUCCCACAACACCUACCUCAUUGAGGACCAGUUUCGAGGUCCCGCCGAUAAAUCCGGUUACAUCCGAGCCCUGAAGAUGGGCUGCCGCUGCGUGGAGGUGGACGUUUGGGACGGCCCCGACGGGGAGCCGGUGGUGUGCACGGGUCACAGCCUUUCCCGUCCACUGGCUCUGCAUUCUGUAUUGGAAGCAAUUGCAAAGUUUGCGUUUGUGGCGUCGGAGUACCCGUUAAUUCUCUGUAUCGAAAAUCACUGUUCGCUGCAACAGCAGAAGGUUUUGCUGCAGCAUCUCAUAAGGAUAUUGGGGGAUAAACUGCAUAGAGAUCUACCAGCUGAAGGGGCUUUGUACCUACCGUCGCCUCAUGAACUAAGACAUCGAAUCCUACUGAAGGGUAAAAAGCUUGGGCCAGAUUCAGAUGGGGAGGUGAGCGAGGAAGACGAAGGAGCAGAAAUGAGUCAAAGGAUAAAAGCGGUAAAUAUUGGUGGAGCAGAGAAGGACGUCGUGCAGAAAAGUGUCUCUCUCACAUCUGUCCCUCAGUCUAACAUGCCUCAUUCUUCACCCAAACGUUUCCAGCUGUUGAGGGAACUGUCAGACUUGGUAACUCUAUGUCAUUCAGUUGGCUUUAAAGACUUUAAAACUUCCUCUAAAGCUCAAAAACCUUGGGAACUGUGCUCUUUCCAUGAGUCCCUGGCUUUGUGUCUCGCUGGCGACAGCCCCGGAGACUUCGUCAACCACAACAAGCAUUUCUUGUCUCGAGUGUACCCCAACCCCAUGCGCAUUGACUCGAGCAAUAUGAAUCCCCAGGACCUGUGGAAGUGCGGCUGUCAGAUCGUGUCAAUGAAUUUUCAGACAGCGGGACUGAUGAUGGACCUAAACACGGCCUGGUUCCGGCAGAACGGGAGCUGCGGUUACGUGCUCCGUCCGGCCAUCAUGCGGCAGGAAGUGUCUUAUUUCAGUGCUGACACCAAAGACACUGUACCAGGCGUGUCGCCACAGCUGCUGCAUGUAAAGGUGAUCAGUGGCCAGAAUCUGCCCAAACCAAAAGGUUCUGGGGCCAAAGGGGACGUUGUAGACCCAUAUGUGUAUGUGGAGAUCCAUGGCAUCCCAGCUGACUGCAGCGAGCGCCGCACCAGGACAGUGAGACAGAACGGGGACAACCCCAUCUUUGAUGAGAGCUUCGAGUUCCAGAUCAACUUGCCAGAGCUUGCCAUGGUUCGUUUUGUGGUGUUGGACGAUGACUUCAUUGGGGAUGAGUUCAUAGGCCAGUAUACUAUACCACUGGAGUGCCUCCAACCUGGCUACCGACACGUGCCCCUCCAGUCCCUCACUGGGGAGGACCUUCCACACGCCAAGCUGUUUGUACAUGUGGCCCUCACAAACCGGAGAGGAGGUGGAAAACCUUACAAAAGAGGCCUCUCGGUACGAAAGACUCGAAAAGGGAGGGAGUACACAGCUCUGAGGGACUUAGGAGUUCGGACCGUCGACGAGGUUUUCAAGAUGGCCGCUCCUCUUCUGAGAGAAGCGGCAGACUUGAGGGGUAACAUGCAGAACUCCGUUGCAGUAUUCAGGGAGCUGUGUGGCGUGUCGGCUGUGGCCAACCUCAUGCAGUGUGUGCUGGCCCUGGGCUCCAGAGCGUCGGGCCCAGAGGGGACCCCGUUACUGCUGUUCGACCUGAGAGACGGCUACCCCACACUGGAGGCCCAGGGACCCCUGCCGGAUGUCCUGCGCCGAGUCGUCUCUACGUACGAUACGAUGGUCAACGCAAGCAAAGCUGUGAUGGAGUCUGCAGAUGCAAUCUACGAAAAAAUCCUGCAUAUACAGACAAUGGCGAUGGAGUUUCAUGAAAAGCUGCAAAGCCUGGCGAUGAAGGAAGGGCUGAAAGGCUCCAAGGUUAGUCGAGCGCUGGAGAGCUUCAGCUGGAACAUCACCAUCCUGAAGGGCCAGGCCGACCUGCUCAAACGCGCCAAGGCCGAAGUGGAGGAGAACAUGAAGCAGGUGCACGACGCCGCUCUGACCGGAAACCUCUGCAAGGAGGGGGGAGGACUGAGACGCGUUCGCUCCCAAACGGGACGAGGUCCGGACGACAACGCGAGCGCAUGAGACGCCGCGCCUCAGCGACGUGACCACACUGCUGCCAUGUUUGCUGCGGUGAACUUUUCACGUACCACCAGUUCGUUCUCAAGCUCCCCAAAGCCGCUUGGGAGCGUCGCAGCAUUUAAGGCCCGAGACCGACAAGAGUUCAUGAAAGUAAAAAUCUUGAAUAUACAAUCGCGGUGACGUGCUGCCAGCUGGAGAUCCUAGAAUCGCGGCGGCAGAGAGAUGAAUGUAGUUAGACUUGAAGCCAAGGUUCUGCUGUUUUGUACUGUUGUAAACCUGCCAAAUGUUAACGAUCUCCCUCUCAUGUGAACGUUUUCUAGGUUUUACAUGCCAACAGUGAGGUAGGUCUGUCAAUUUGUCGUUUAGGAAACAAACCAGGUCAGUUGACUGGACGCCUUGCCCUUUAAGUUAAAGAAAACCUACUCUGUAUGUAAAUUUUUAGAUAUCUGAAGUCUUCAGCCAUCGUUGUGUGGACCAGUGGAGCCUCGUGAGUCUUCAGCUGCUUUCUUUCUUUCUUUUUUUUUUUUUUUUAACCGAGCGCCGUUCUGCUCCCGCAUUGCUGCUCUAAACUCAGUUGGCAUGAGAUUUUUUGCACCGAACCUUAACGACCCUCCCAUCCCCCCAACCUGCCAACAUCCCCUAUGUUGUCUUACUGUUUCUAAGACAACAUUCUUCCUGUUGAAUUAAAUUCAACAGAAAACUUAAUUCAACUGUUGAAUCAAAUGACAACAGUUGAAUUAAAUUAAACUGUUGUAAUAUUUUUGUAUUUCCUAUAUUUUUGUAUUUCCCAGAAUCCCCCAGGGUCCCAUGAGCUACUUAAACCCUUCUUACUGUACCUGCCAUACUGAUCAACUCCAUAGGCGUUGAUGUCUGCCUCCAGGGAACCGAUGCCAUUGCCGUCGAAAGCGUUUACUUUGCGUGCAAAACACUGUACAGUAUUUUAAUAUUUGAUUCUAUCCUUUUUUGCUGUAAAGAAUAUUUUGCAUAAGUUAUUGAUGCUGAAAGAAAACAAAACAUUCCAGAUGCGUAUUGGUGUUGUGGCAGUAGAUGAAACUCGACCGGUAAUGGUCAGGAUGGAAAUAAACAUGUUUUUUUUUUCUUCAAAGUGACUAAUGUUUGUGUUUUACUCUAUUUUUCUGCAAGAUCUUUCUAAUACUCAUUCAUUUAUCUCAAGUUGUGUGUGGGGCUGAGGAGACAGCUGGGGACGCUCAUCUGCUGGGUACGGGAGGCAGACAUACGGCCCUCCGCAUAUGUGCUGUUAGUAAGCAUAACGGAGCUCAUUUGUAGCUUGAAGAAUUCACUGGGGGGGGACGAAGGAGUCGACAUUAACGAGCAGAACGGCGGAGCUUUAGCGUGUCUCACCGCAACGUUUCUUCAUUUUCCAAGUCCUUUGGAGUUUUGCACCAAAUUAAGAUUCAAUCACAAACCUUCCAGGCCUGACAAAAUAUGCUAAAACCUGGUUUUCUGAUGUAAUUAGUGUUCAGAUUUCGUUUUCGAACACCCCAUGUGGUAACUCUGCAGAACCUGCAGAGACGCGGCGACUCCAGACGUCACAGGUGUCAAACUCCAGUCCACCAGGGCCACUGUCCUGCAGUUUUUAGACGUGCCACAGGCACAAAACACUGGAUUGAAGCAGCUUAAUUACCUCCUCCUGGUGUAGAGCAGUUCCCCAGAGCCCUGCUGAUGACCUAAUUAUUCUAGUCAGGUGUGGCGCAGCAGAGGCACAUCUAAAAGUUGCAGGACACUUGGGGAUGGGAGUUUGACACCCCUGAUCUAGAUCCUGGAAGAAAACCUAUCAGAGGUUUCAGAAGAGCUGUUCUUUCCCUCAUUUUAUAACUAUUUUGGAGAAUUGUACCAGAUUUGAUUAAAUCAGGCACGAUGGAUUCAUUGCCCAUCAAUAAACAAGGCAAGACAUGUUCAUCAAAUU